AUGCCUUACACACCUCCUACCCACCAGUCGCCGGCUUCCUCAAACCAAUCCAGUCCUACCCCGAGCAGGUCUCAUUCAUACAUCAAAGGACAAUUCCUCUCUCCGGACCUGCCGGCUACCUCCGGAAGGCCCAACCUUCCUCGAUCCAGCGGGUCAUCAACGUAUCUCACCAAGCAUCGAAGAAGUCCGUCACUGAACGACGCACACAACGAUGUCCUUUACAAUGGCGAGUCAUAUGAAGAGAAUGGGAUUUUAGAUCCCUAUGGCAGCAUCCGCCAGUCGCCUCCUCCUGCAAGCAACUCGCUGAUACCCGCCGGGAUGACCAUCUCUCCUCCCGAUUCCUCUCACAACUCGAGUGACGAUGAAGAAUCUGAGUCACGAGGGCGCCCGAGGGAUCUGGAACUGGGCAACCUGGAAGCAUUGCAAGCUGCCAUCAGGUCACUAGAACAAAGGAAAACAGGCUCACCUACACGACAAAAGAAUGACAAACCAGAGACUACUGAUCCUCAGGUUGACGACCGAGGCGCAUCAGAUAACUCAGCUGUCAGACGCCCACCCUUAUCACAAGAGGCGAGGAAGAUUUCUCAUUCGCGGUCAUCGACGGACUCAAAUAUAGUCUUCGAGCCUGUCAAACCGUCCACUCCCCCAAGCAUCUCUCAACCAGAGUCCGAUGAUAGUGAUAGUGACAGUCGGUCAACACACCGUCCACCGAUGGUCCGGAAGAAGUCUGGCGAACUGGUUCGUCCAGCUUUAAGGCCAUCAUCGAGACGGCGGCCUUCGAGCAUGCCAGGGACGCCAACGUACUCCAAGGCAGUCCAUUUUGACUCCCACCUUGAACAUGUGCGACAUUUCCUGCAAGUCGAUCGACCGCUCGCCGUCAGUGCCGGGUCUUCGCCAGUCGAGACCUAUGAAAGCGAGUCGGAAUUUCCUUUUGGUUCCGACGAGGCUAGUGCCCGACCCCGUGCCAAUGCUUAUGAGUGGGAUCUUCGGUUACGAAAUUUCGAUGAGAACAAUCCGGCGAGGAAGUCGCAAGUCGUAUUCGUCGAGCGGAUAUUCCUGUCAUCUGAUAAUAAGAGCCUGAUCGGCACCGUUGCUGUUCAGAAUCUUUCGUUCCACAAGCAGGUUGUCGCUCGAUUUACAUUCGAUUAUUGGAAAACCACUUCGGAGGUCGUGGCCGAUUUCAACCACGACGUCCGUCGAAAACCUACCAGUGAUGGCCUCGAUCGCUUCAACUUCAGCAUAAGGUUGAUAGACCAAGCGAACCUGGAGAACCGGACACUGUUCUUCUGUGUUCGUUACACUGUCAAUGGUCAGGACUUCUGGGACAACAACUUCUCGCUCAACUAUCAGGUUGACUUUGUGAAGAAGUCCAAGGUCCAGCAGCACAGCUUGCCCACCUUAGGCGCCAGACCUAUAACUGCGCUGCCUCGGACACGACAAUCACCUCCUACCUCGUCUGGACGAACCAAUCGCUUGCCGUCUUCAUUCGACGACUUCACAAAUGGUUUCGAUAGCUUCGGCUAUCAAUCAGCCAGUGCACUCAUGGGUGAACCCAAACUCAAGCUGAGGAGUCCCAGAUCGAAAGGCGACCUGGUCUCGGAUGCACCAUCUCGCCGCAAGGCCAGUAAUGGACAAGCAUUCGGGAACAGGUACGAUUUCAACUCUUCGCUGAGCGCCGCUAAAAGCUCGGCUUUGGCGGCCUUGGGUGAAUUUUCCGGCUUGACGACUUCGAGGGCAGAUACAAAGCGGUCUUCUUCCCACGAAGUUCCUGCGAGCACUCAUAUGAAGAGCGUCGCCAUCGCUCCACCCAAGCAUGACACUGGCGUCAAUGGUUCGAUCAAUGGAGCUUCUUCGAAUGCUCCGGCGGUUGCUCCUAUGACAUCAAAGCCGGCUGCUCUGGUGACAGAGAAACCAACACUUACCUCUGAAUCCUAUCAAGAUCUCGCGAUGAAGGAACUCGUGGAAAAGAAAUUCUGUUUUUUUGGGACAGCCGGAACAAGUAAGCACGGUGAACCUCUGAAAGCCGCUGCCCUGAGGCUGGUUGAUGGAGCUGCCGACUCUGCGUCUGCGUCGGAUCUGAGUGCCGAUGGUAGUUCUCGAUCCGCAAAUUCGUCUGGGUCGUCGACUCCCACGCCACCUCGGAGUUCAUCACCUGCGUUGUCAGCAAAUUCGAACGGCACUUACUUUGGUCGACCGCCUUCGCAAGGCCCAUUUUAUGGUUCUCGGUCUCAGUCACCCGUGUCUUUCGGCUAUCCCUAUCACUCUUCUUCUCAACAUACUUUGAUGAGUGAAACGCCGACACCAACAGCAAUUCGAGGCUGA